UCGCCCUGCUGGCCCUCGCCACGCAGAAGGCCCCAUGGUUACUGAUCGUGCUUGCUAAUAACAUGGCCUCCUGCUUCCCCCCCCCCCCACUGAACUUCAUCUCCAGACUUAAUGUCCUAAAGCUGUCUCUGAACAUAUCACACAUUCACAGUACACAUUUACCUUAAAUAGACCAUUUUUUAAAAAGUUUUUACAAAAGAGAAACGUUGACUCAGAAAUGUUUUCAUUGGACACAAACAUGUCUGGUCUUCUAGCAAAUAAUGCAAAACUUUCCGUUAGCUAUUUUGAUCAGUGAGGUGAUUCCGACUGGUCCAUGCAGCUUAUAAACCUUAUAAGCUUAUAUUUGCCAAGUGCACUUGUAACCAUAAGAUGACUGUAGUUUCAUGUAUGACCUUUUUUUGUACUGAUGAACUUUUAAAUAAACCAGGGGUUUUCAACUGGCUUUGAUCCAGGGACCCCCACCCAGGCUCAAAGGCAUCCUGGGGAUCUAUAUCCAAGUUAAAAGGGGUUAUAUAUGGGGAAAAAAGGUUUUUUAUAAAGAUAGAGGGGCUUUUGAAAACCUAGGAAAUAAACUAUGAAGCAUAAGUUGAAACUUCUAAUGAGGAGAAGCCUCAUUUAUCUCUGAUGAACCAGUAAAAAUGUACAUUAUUAUAAUACAAGUAUAUAUUUAGCAUGUACAUCAGAAACAUAAUUUUGACUCGUCUCCUUUUUAGUUCAUCUAUACUAUAUUUUACAACUAGCUUUGCACCCAACAAAUCUUAAGCACACUAGUUAGACUGUAGUAAAAAAAAUAAAAAGGCAGUGAUUUCACACAAAAUGAAACCAAACUGAAAGGACAUUCCAUUUGCUGUACAAACACCCACAUGAAAAAGGUGUGGCUUUGAUCUGAAUAUGUGGGGACCCUUUUAAGCAUAAAAAUGUUUUGGAAACCAUCUGAAAACUAGGUCAUCUGCACUGAGCAAUAACUCUCCUGAAUACAUCAUUUCCUCUCUGUGGACAUUGCUAAAACACGGGAUUCUAGGGUUUCCCAAAACAAAUUCUGUGAGGGUAGAAGGUGUCAGUUUUCCUAUAUUUCUAAAACAUUUUCAGAUCGAGUACAGCUCCUUGGUUAGUUUUUAUUAUGCAGUACUGUGUCCUAAUCACAGUUAAAAUUAACUUGAUUAAACAAAUUACACGCAAAAAUGGUUGCUUUUUAAUUUCUUAUCAGAACAAAUUGAUACAACAUGCAUUUUCUUUGUUGAGUAUGUGAAUCUUUAAAUUCAGUAAUGGAUGGCACCCCUUUAGCAGCAGUGACUUCAGACUUUCUGUAACUCGAUCAGUCCGCACGUCAUCAUGGAGGUAUUCCUCCAUGUCGAACUGCUCUAGGUGGUAUUUGUGGGUUAUCUUGCAUGACCUGCUUGCUUAAGGUUCUUCCACGUUAUUUCAAUUGGGUUAAGAUCUGGACUUUGAUUUUGGUCAGUCGGAUGCUGGAUUUGUCAUUCAAGGUCACUAUAGGCAGAAUCAGGCAGCAUAAUUGCAUCCAGUCAUUUAAAAAAUACUAAUAAUAAUUAUGCGCAGUGUUAAUAUAUUACAGUGGCGUCCGAUAAUAUUCAAGAAGAGCUGGUGUGGGUGAAGAUUUUAAUUUUAGACCUUGAUUAUACUUAUCAAGGUCUUGAGUGAAGACCAUGGUUAGCUGAUUAGUUGAAUGGGGUUUCAUAGUUCUGGGCAAAACCCGAUGCCUGCACCCUCACCAGCCCUAUUUGGAUAAGACUGGACCCACUCGAUAUAUUAUGUGAUACACUUUUCAAUGGGACCUAGUUUCUCGCUCAAAGCCUCUAGGAUACAAACAUACAGAAACUGCCACUGCACACAGCUUUAAUUGAUCUGGAAUGAAAUUUUUCUAGACAUGUUAACCCUCUUCGCUGACCUGUUUCUCUUUGCUUUGUGUUAACUCUGAGAAUGAUUGCCAGUAGUUAGAAGCAGAGUGAGCGAUGCCAAUUUCAUGAGCACUUAGAUAUAAUCAUGUUUGUAUGUUUCUUUCUCAGUCAUUUACCAGUGUCUAAUGCAUUAACUAUAAUAUGCUAUAUUAGUUAAUGUGUUACACAGUGUAUAUUGCUGGAGUUGCACCUGAGUGUGUCUGACCUCUGCUGGUUGGCUCUUUGUUUUGCAUUUGGCUUUUCCCUCACACCUUUAAAAAACACACACACACACACACACUUCUGCUUAAUGAGUUGCAUGAGAUAUUACCAAAUCUGCAGAAUACAUUGGACCACUUUAGAUCAUACCCAGCUCUGUGAUAUGUGAAUUUAUAAAUUAUUCAUAUGUGUGUGCUCAGCACAAUUGUUCAUGUAAUUCUUUCUGUUGUAAGUAAAACACUGAUAGAAUGUGGCCUACAGCAAUGAGGUUUACAGAUUUGUUAGAAAUGUGAAAUACGAAUGCAUGCAUGCUGAUUACUGGGUCUGCUUCUCCCAGUUAUGUCUAUGAGAAAAUGGUCUUCAUGGAUCUUUGUACCCAAGAACCAGUACUAACUCUUCAGAAUGACAAAGAAAGGUGAACACUGUGCCAUACUGUUAAUUUGCAUUUAGCAUUUUAUAUUUUUUUUCUAGAUGUUUACCACACUUGCAUAAGGUGAGCAUUGUAUUCAUCCUUUCCAUUCACGGUCAUAGUUCAUUAGAACUCACAUACAGCUUCACCCAGUUCAGCCAACACCUUGAUUUUCCACUCCUCAGAAUACAAAGGCACAGUGCACAUUAUGAUGUCACACCCCACACAGGUGUGAAAACGAGGUCCAUCCAGAAGUGCUGGAGAACGUAGCAGUAGCGUAGCUGAUCAUUUUGGCGUCCUCUUCACCACGCUCUCCCUGCCCCACCCAUUCAGUCCUGUGCUGAAUCCUCAUUGGUAGAGACUGCUUGCCAUGUAAUGCUUGAUCCCCACCCCUUCCCUUAUUCUUUGAAAAAGGAAGAGUACUUAUUUCAGGAGUUGUUACAUCUUUCUGUUUAUUUCUCCUUUUUUCGUUUUUUGUUCUGCAAUUGUUUAACAUUUUUCAGCCGAUGUAUUGCCAGCAAACCCCUCUGUAUAAGUGGGCAUCCAGACUUCCCGCGUGAGUCUCUCUACUCGCUGUCCUACUGGCUGCUGCCCCCUCAGCUCCACAUCAUGUUAGGCUGAAGGAGCUGAAGCAGCGAGAGUUCGCGAGGAACGUGUCAUCCCGCUCGCGCAGGGAUGAGAGGAAGCAGGAGAAGAUGCUGCGGCGGCUGCACGAGCUGGCGGAGCAGAGGAAGCAGCAGGACUGUGCACUUGGUAGCGGCCCCAUGUUUAAGCCCACCACUGUGGCAGUUGACGGGGAGAGCAACGAGGAGGGCGCCCAAAACCCAGAGGGAGUGCCCGUCUCAGACUGCGUGGCAGAGGGGUCUCCGCAGGAGGACAACGCCCUGUCCAACGCUCCAUCGUCACCUAAGCAAUCGUCAGCAGUCGGCUCCGCUGUAACCCGGAACAGCUCCUCCCCCUCCCCCACCGUUUCCCUCAUGCCCAAGGUCAGCGUGUCCUUCUCCUUGGCCAAGAAGGCUCCGGUCAAGCUGGAGACGGCAGCCGCUGUGUUUGCCGAUCAUGGCGAGGAGGCCCAGGCAGAGGAGGGCCAAGAAGAAGAGGAGGCGGCGGCGGCCACGGGGACCCCCAGAGCAGCCAGCACAGAGAACCCCGUCGAGGAGGAGCCGCAGCCGCCUGACGAGGGCAGCUCUCUGGCCUCCACGCUCUCUAAGCUGAAGAUGAUGAUGAAGAAGGAUGAAGGCUUCUCUGGGCAGGAGCCUCAGUACUAUCACUACAUGCCCCCAGCCCACUGCCGGGUCAAGCCCAAAUUCCAGUUCCUUGUUUUCAUGAAGGCGUCGAACCAGAGCAGCGACAACGAGGGCGAAGGGACGGCUGUGGCUACCACGGCCGACCCAGCAGGCAAGAAGGCCGACGCCGGGGAGGCCAAGACUGAGAAGGAGCCCGAUAAGGCUGAUGGAACGGAAGCCGUGGAGCCCGCGACCUCCUCGGCUGGAGUGAAGACGGAGCCAGCGGCCGAGCAACCCCCCGCUGCGCCGCCCGCGGCUACUUCAGAAGACUGCAGCCGGAAGGCCGGGGAGCCCCACACAGGCCCCCGCCUCCCUGCUAGCCCCUUCUUCCCUGUACUGAGUAAAGACGAAAGCACCACGCUUCAGUGGCCCACUGAGCUGCUGGAGUUCACGCAAGCUCAGCCCUCGCUCUCCUACAGCUGCAAUCCCCUUUACUUCGACUUCAAGCUCUCCCGAAACAGAGGGGCCCGUGCUGGGAGGGCUCCCCGCCCCGCGGAUCCCAACGCCAAACCGGCCAAGUCCGAAGGGGCUGGUCCGGAAGGGGUCAAGCAAGAGCUCGCCCAAGGGGCGAGUGAGGCGGAGGUUCCGGGGCCCAGCGCAGACAGCAAAGAGAACCCCACAGUGAAGGAUGGGAGCACCGAGGGAAAGGAUGAGGAGAAGACCCCACAGAAAAGCAGCAGCAAGAAAAAGAAGAAGAAGAAGAAAAAGAAGCAUAAGAAGUCCGGCAAGCACUCGAAGAGGAAGGAGAAAGAGGCAGCUGAGGGAGAGGCAGAGACCGAGGCCCCGGGAGAAAAAUCAAAGAAGAAGAAAAAGCACAAGCGAAAGAAAAGUAAGACCCAAGCACCCGACGACAAGGGAGGAGAGGAGGAGGACGAUUCGGGAGCAGGGGCUGGGGCUUCAGGAGCUGCGGAUGGGUCUGCUUCAGGGAAGAGGAAGCGGCAGAAGGAUGAACCCCAAAAGCCAGAGUCGAAGGAGAGGGAAGGAGGAGGAGGAGGAGGGAAAGGCCCCCCGAAAUCCGGCUCGGCGGAAGGACACUGCAGUGCCAAGCGGCACAAGCCUGACCCCAGCGCCACAGCAUCCAGCACCGCUGCCUCCACCUCCGCCCAGAAACGCUCGAGCAGUGGGAGCGGGCGGGGCAGCAGGCAGGCCAGCAGCGAGAGCGAGGACGGGGGCUCCUCCCACCGCUCCCACCGAAACUCCACGCCCCGGCAGCAGCACAGGCACUACAGCGAGGAGGAGGACUCUGAGCGCUCCCGCAGCCGGUCCUCCCGUCGCCAGGGGCGCGGCCCCUCCUCGCACAGCCAGUCCUACUCCAGCAGCUCGGAGCGCUCCUCGGCGGGCAGCAGCCGCUACAGCCGCCGCAGCCGCAGCUACUCCGACAGCUACAGUGACUACAGCGACAGCGGGCGCCGCCGCUCGAAGCACUCCUCCGGCUCGGACUACGGCCGGCGCAGCGGGAGCCGUCGCCACGGCGGCCGCCGCCGUCGCUACACCUCCUCCUCCUCGGAGGCGGACUCCAGUCGGUCGCGGAGCCGCGGGCGGCGGAGCAGGCGUCGGCGUCACCGGCGCAGCAGCUCCCGCAGCUCCAGCAGCAGCGGCACGCCGCGCUCCUGGAGGCGCAGCAGCUACAGCCGCAGCCACAGCUCGGCCAGCCGCUCCUCCAGCUCCGCCAAGGGCUCCUCCGCCCGCCGCCGCGCCGGCUCGGGCCACCGCCGCGACUUCAGCCGCUCCCGCAUCUACCGCUCCCAGUCGCCCCGCUCCUCCUCCCGCGGCCCCGCCCGCAAGGACCCGUCCCGCAACAGCAACUCCUCGUCCUCCCUGCACAGGGGCGGCGGGCCGGGGAAGGCCGCUUCGGGGGGCGCGGGGGAGCGGAACUCCCUGACCGCCAGGCAACUGCUGGAGAAGGUGCAGUCCCGCAAGGGUCCGGACGAGGCCGCGCCGGGAGCCAAGCCGGGCAUCAAGCUGAAGGACCCCCCGCAGGGAUACUUCGGGCCCAAGCUGCCCCCUACCUUGGGGAACAAAGCGAUGCUGCCCCUGUUUGGGAAGCAUCCGAUGGGCAAGAAGUCCCCGCUGCUCUCCCUGCGGAGGCCGGAGGAGGUGGAAAAGGAGGCCGCGGGAAAGGGCGCGGAGUCCGGGGCCGAGGUGAUCCUCGUGGAGCCCAUCCGGGAGUUCCCGCCCCCGCCGCCCCCUCCCCAGCCGCCGCAGCAGCAGAUUGAGGAUGCCGCGCAGAAGGCGGUGGUGGCGGCGGCGGCGGCGCAGAACGCGGUGCAGCUCCCCGCCCCGGAGACGCAGGCGCUGCCGGAGCCACGGCUGUUCGAGCGGGACCCCGGCAUGCUGGUGCAACCGUACCCCGCCGAGCCCGGGCAAGAGGUACCCAACCCCGUGCUGGAGUCCCUCCUGCCCGACAUGCAGCACCACGUGCCCCAGCAGCACCCCAUGCACCCCUACCCCGGGUACCCGCACCCGGGCUUGGAGGAGGAGGACAUGGGCAUGGAGGAGGACGACGACUCCUCCCUGGCUCCCCUGGAGAGCCAGCCCAUCACCUUCACCCCGGAGGAGAUGGAGAAGUACAGCAAGCUUCAGCAGGCCGCCCAGCAGCACAUCCAGCAGCAGCUGCUGGCCAAGCAGGUCAAGAGCUUCCCGUCCGCGGCGGCCGCAGCCGCGGCGGCGCUCCCCGCCAACCUCGCUCCGGCACCGCCCCCUCCCACCCUGCAGCAAAUCCACAUCCAGCAGCCGACCGCCUCCCCUUCCGCCACCUCCAUCACCACCGUGCAGCACGCCCUCCUGCAGCACCACGCCGCCACCGCGGCCGCCAUCGGCAUCCACCCCCACGCGCAGCACCCGCACGCUCACCAGCUGGCCCAGGUGCACCACAUCCCCCAGCACCACCUCACCCCCAUCUCCCUUUCGCCGCUGGGCCACUCGCUGGGCCACUCCCUGGGCCACUCGCUCAUUCCCGCUCACCACACCGCCUUCCUCUCUGGACAGCCCAUCCACAUCAUCCCUGCCUCCGCCCUCCACCACACCCCGCUGGCCCUGCACCACGUCCCGCACGCUGCCCUCUACCCCACUCUCUUUGCGCCCCGGCCCAAUGCCGCCGCUGCCGCCGCCGCUCUGCACUUGCACCCCCUGCUGCACCCCAUUUUCUCGGGACAGGACCUCCAGCACCCCCCCAACCACGGCUCCUGAGGCCAGCCAGCAUCUGGGGGGUGUCUCAGGGAGAGCUUGCUGGCCUCCUGCGGCAUGAGCCACAUUCGCCCCUGUCUCCUCCCACUCUGAAAACAUCCAACCAGAGCUGCAGGGGCCACUGUCUACCCAGAAGGCAGUGCAGCAGACAUGCCCAGUGUCUGAAGUAGUCAGGCUUCAGUCCAGAGAAAUCACAGAUGGGAUGUUUGAGGGAGCUGCAGAGUUGAGAUGGCAGUGUUGUGAACAUCAAGUGGGGAGUGGUCAGCUGCUGUGGCUGUAAUUUUGUCCAAAAUGGGUUCUUUGCUGACCCCUGAAAAGAGUGAGAAUCCUCCUUUAGGCACUUUCCAAAUUCUGGGACAGGGCCUGAAAUCUGGAUCUCAGAAACGUUUGCAGUAUCAAGGGAGGCCAGGAAAACCUGUGGGAUUUUUUUUUUUUCUACUGUCGUUAAUACUAUAAACGGUAUUGUUUGAUCUCUUUCCUAUAGCCAAAGAGAUGCAGUGGUUGAAGCCAUAAAUUGAGUCUGUGUUCACUUCACAAAGUAGGAGUGGCUGGGACUUUGAAAGAUCAACCUCUGUCCAAAAGUAUGGAAAUAUUUGCGAGGCGUAAAUAGUCUGCCUUUGUUACUGACAUCUACCUUAAUUUUGGCGCAGCUCAAUUCUGUUAUACAAGCCUGGUCAACUUCAUUUGGUCCAUUUUGUAAUUUAUCAACAAGAAAAGGACAUUUCCAGAUAUGGUACAAGAUUUAAAUGAAGUGAUGCAUAUUAUGUACUCUGCGUCUUCAAAAUUCUAAUGACAUGAAUUGAUAACAUAAGCUAUGAAUAAUGAUUAGCCCAGGGUGUGUGUAAAUUCUUUAGACAUGAAUGAGCAUGGACACACCCCAUUAAUGUUGAUUCACCAACAGGGGCUCAUUCAGUCACAUUCAAAAGCAAAGCAUUUUAUUUGUAAAUGUUACCGUACAGCUUGGCAAACUUGUUCUUCCUUUCCUGAACAUACACAGAAACCCUCAUGUCUUUGUCCAGUUUAUUGAACUGCAGAAUAAAGAAUGGUCAAAGGUUAUGCUCCUAGUCUUCAUGGAGUAUUUCAAGGAAUUGCACUGAAAUUUGCAUUUAGAUGCUGCUGUUGUAGCAUGUAACCAUUAUGAUUGUAAUAUACUGCAAUAAUUUUAUUUCAUAAUUUUAUUUUCCAGACCACUCUUUGAAUGGAGGUCACAUCUGUUCUACACUGUAAUCUCGCUCACUGUAAAUAGGGUUGCUGUAGUUUGACUGGCUUGUACAGUUUAAGGGUUUGUAGUUCCUGGAAAUAUACAAAGGUGCAGUGGGAUGAGAUUAAAACACUGAACACAAGCAAAUGCUAAGCAUGUAUAUUUUAUCAAAACCCAUGUAUUUUUAGAAUUUACCCUGAAUUGUACAAAAAAUACCUUUUUCAUAUGUAUUCUGUAAAUGACAGUGGUGGUUUUUUUUUUUUGUUUUUAAACAAGAUUGGUGCGUUGGUGAAUAGUGUGCUGUGAUCUACAAGUCUGUUGUUGUUGCCCCAGGCAACUAUAACUGACAGCUGAGCUUAUCCAAAGGAUUGUGCCUUCAGUGAUGUACCCAAUUCAAACCUGUACUGAGACCAGAGUCUGAGAGAAAACGGCAUAAGCAUCCAGAGAACCAAAUUCAGAUUCCACCCCAGUCCGAGAUGAUCAUGAGCUCUUAUCACACGUGGACUUAGGAGCAGGAAAAUGCUGCACUGUAAGCAGACUCCAGCUCCGAUGCCAGGGCAGAAAGAUUCACCAGACUUGUGGUUCUUUGCGGGGCAAAUGUUUUGCUUCUUUGGACCAGCACCAAAUCGGACCUUCCAUGCACUCAAGGCUUCUAAGUUCCCUGAUUAAAUAUGUACAGUUGCCCAGAAUACCAUGAGAACAGUGGUAGACUAUAACAACAUCCUGUUUUAUUGAACAUGUCAAAAAAUUCUUUAUAAUAAAGAUUUAUGGAAUCUU